AUGAUCCACACAGUAACGAAGCAGAUUCCGAACGAAACGUACAGCGACUGGGUGGUGGUGUCUUCCGGAUCACCGGAUGACAACCUUGCUGCUGUUGCCCGUGCACCGAACGGCAAGGCAAGCCCACGCAGCGUACCGCUAUCGACGGCAAACGCACAAAACUCCACUCAAAUGCUAAGCUUAACCAACCCCAACAUGUCGAAGGUGGUUUGCUGUAAAAAUCCGAAGAAUUUGUUCUGCUUCGUCUGCGGCCUCUACAUAUUGUCGCACCACAAGCGAUCGAUCAUGACUCGGCCGCUGCUGGAAGCGUACGAAUCAUACUUUAAGGUGCGUACGAGCAAGGAAAACUAUCUGCAAGGCCCACCGUCCGUCUGUAAUGUGUGCAACAAUGCGCUGCUACGCUGGAAGAAUGGCAUGUGCCCCAAGCCGGAGCUCCCGUUCGCCAUACCGAUGCUGUGGAGUCAACCGGCCGAUCAUGCCACCGAUUGUUACUUUUGCCUGACGUGCACCACUCCAUCGGGCGAGAAGAAAAGUUCGCUCUACUCGAACGCCCCAAUCGAAUAUCCCAUACUACGAUCUGCCAUACGGCCGAAACUGUUUGCCUCACGGCCAGCCGGUGUACCACAUACCCGUAGUGCGUCGGAUCUGCGCCGGAUCAGUGUACCACCGUCCGGGAUCGACGAACAGGAUAACGGUGUAUCGUCCAUUAGCAUUCGUACCUACGCUGGACAUUCGGUUAAACCAAAGGAGCAACACCCGGUGGGAAAUGGUUUGCAGCCGGUAGUGCGACGUAGCUUACCGGCACAGAAAACUGUUUCCAGUACUGUGCAAAAGCAUUCGAUUCCGGUCGCCGGUACGUUGAAACGUAAAAUCGAACCGAAUGACGAUGGUACCGGUUCCCCUUUGACGUACGGCAUGACGAAGGUUCGGCUACGCAAUUCCGAACCGACGAUUGUGCUGGAAAAGUGCAAAAAGCUGCUGCCCUCGAACACGGCCGCAAUUAUACGCCGCCCGAUGACACCGAACAGCGCGAACGCACCGCGUAUAUUGAACGUAUUCUCGCUCAACAAGGAUGCGGUCAACUGUGUUUCGGAAAUGUCCGUCAUUUGUCUUCCAGAAACAAAACCGCCGACUCCGCCACCCGAGAUAGCUUCCGUGCUACCGCAGACAAUCGUAAAAAUCGAAAUUGAAGACGAUGUUGAUGAUGAUGAUGUUGCUGAAUAUAAUGUAGUUGUCCCAGCAACGAAAGAUUCGAACGAUGAAUCCACAACGCAACUUGAUCUUAAAACGAGUGAGCUGCAAAAAAUUGAACCCGGUGUGGCAGUGAAAAACGAAUCAGAACAAAACGAACCAACCUACAACGUUCCGAAGCAAACUGUCGUAAAGAUUGAGCCACAAAAAAGCUCACCAACUUUAACCGCUCGGCAACAGAAAGUACAGGUAACACAUGGCCGGAUGGGUUUCAUUAAUGUGAAAGAUCUGGCCACAACCUCGUCGACGAUGACGAUUGGUGGUAGUAACGCAAUCAAAUUCAAACUAUCCCCCCCGCUGGAUGGAGCAGCAACAGCUUCCUUCCCAACGAAAGUAGUACCCGCUGUAAAGGAGGAAGCAGCAUCACCAGAAAAGAAACUACAACCAUCGAGAUAUUGCUUCAUCAACAUGAAAGAUAUGCCUUCCCUAACGGCUAACAAUGUUGAGCGAACGGUUAAAAUUACGGCGUCACCCAUCGUCGCCACCCAACCGCAACAGUCACAGCCACAGAAAUUGACCGACAGUACGGUUGCUGCUGCAACGUUAAAAUAUACCCCAGUUGUUGCUGUAGUUUCCGAACAAGGCGACACCAAGGUACUACAAGUACCCGACCAGGAUGAUGGUCCACAUCGUAUCACCCAGUCGGAGCUAAUUCUGCUAUUGCGAGAGCUUGAGCUGCCGAAGGCAAAAUCGGCCGUUUUGAUCGAUCGUUUAAAGCGAUGGAAUCUGCUAGCGAUCGAGAUGGUCGGUACGAAUCGUAAUCGACCGAUUGAGAUGCCGCAGCCAUCUUCUGCAUCCACAUCGUCCUCCACAUCAUCAGCUUUGUCUGAGAAAACCGCCACAACGCUAGCCAGCAUGAAGGAAAUUCAAAUCCACAACACCCGAGCAACAGGCCUCAGACAGUCCACCGGUCCGCCGAUCUUAACCAGCAGUACCAGUAGCCGCACAAGCACCACUACCGUAGGCAGCAAACCACCACUGCGCGUGCCGGUGGAACAAAAUGGUGGACCAACAAAACCGACUCUUUCAACAUCGAGCGCCAAGGUGGUUACUGCUGUAGUCAAAAACGAAAAAGCUUUACCACCAAGGAGGCAGGCCACUACUACUACUACUACUACUACCACUGCUGCUAGUGUGCCGGUUUCGGAAGAGAAGCCCGUCCAGCAGCGUAGCGGCAGCACCAUCACAACACGCAGUGCAACGGGCGCAAUCGUCAAGCAAAACAUUACCAGCUCGAGGGUAAAGUGA